CAAUAGUCCAUUUUGCGUUGGAUGGAAAUGCUCUCAAGGCCAUAGAGCUGACAGAACAACUAGCACCGAACUUACUGGAAGAUGACAAGGAUUUGUAUUUUGAUCUAUUAAGCCUUCACUUUAUUGAUCUCGUUUGUUCAAGGAAAUGCACAGAAGCUUUGGAGUUUGCUCAAACCAAAUUAACACCAUUAGGGAGGGUGCAUAAGUAUGUUCAGAAAUUGGAAGACCUUAUGGCUCUGUUAGCUUAUGAGGAGCCUGAAAAAUCACCAAUGUUUCAUUUACUGAGCUCCGACUACUGACAGAAUAUUGCAGACUGUCUGAAUCAAGCUAUCUUGGCACAUGCCAAUCUGCCUAGCUAUUCUUCAAUGGAAAGGCUGAUACAGCAAGCAACUGUGGUUAGACAAUUCCUACAUCAGGAGUUCAGCAAGGAUGGGCCUCCAAAAUUUUCUCUGAAAGCCUUUCUGAAAAAUUAGAUGGAGAUUGCAUGCUCUGACCUACUUACCGUGAGCAUGGCUUGUUUCAUUUUCCCUCAGAUUACUGUGUGCUGCCCGUGAUUUUUGUACAAGGUCCAGUCAUGCAGAAGGUAGUUGCGAUAGCUUGGCCAAUGUAAAUGUUAUAUAUGGGAAAACAAUCAUAUGCAUCUCUUUUUCUGGUGUCUUGUUAAUUGUUAUGCAUUCUUUUUAAAAAGAAGAUCACUGGUUUAAAGCCAGGCGGUUGCUCAUCUGAGAAAGGUGGCUGUUGCUUGUUGAGUGCAUGCUGUGAGAAAGUUGGGAUGUCGGGGCCUUUUCUUCUAUUUAUUCUAAAUGUAACUCAAACUAGCAUGUGAGGAGAAGCAAGCAGGAGCUAUUCUGUCUUGCUCCACAAUUGUUAGGCCUUUGCAAUUUUUUAUUUGUUGAAUGCCAGAGUGUUAGAGGUAUCUUAAUGGCUUUGAGUUGGCAGCAACAAAAAUCCUCCUCUGAUCAAUGAAUGAUGAGUUGAUUUUUCUUAAUAA